AUGGCGCGGCUCGGCGCUGUCGUGGCGGUGUACUUCUUGGCGGCGGCGCUCGCGGCGGAGGGCAUUCUCGACCCGGUGGACUUCCUCGCGCUGCAGGCGGUGCGGAGGUCGCUCGACGACAUGCCGGGCUCCGCCUUCUUCGACGCCUGGGACUUCACGGCGGACCCCUGCGGCUUCCCCGGCGUCUACUGCGACGGGAACAGGGUGUCGGCGCUCGCGCUCGGCGACCCCAGGGCCGGGUCGCCGGGGCUCACCGGGAGGCUCGACCCGGCGCUCGGCCGGAUGUCGGCGCUCACCGAGCUCUCGCUCAUCCUCUGCCACAACCAGCUCACCGGUGGCAUCCCCUCAUUCCCGGACUCCUCGCCGCUCCUCCGGAUGGACCUCAAGCACAAUGCCCUCUCCGGCGGCGUGCCCAGCCUGCCGGGCUCGCUGCAGUACCUCUCGCUCGCGGCGAACCGUCUCACCGGCAACGUCGACUCCAUGCUGCCCCGGCUGACUCGGCUCAACUACCUCGACCUCAGCAUGAACCAGCUCCAGGGGCCGGUCCCGGCGUCCGUCUUCACGUUGCCGCUCUCCGUGCUCCAGCUCCAGCGCAACUUCUUCUCCGGCCUCCUCCAGCCGACGAGCGACGUGACGAUCCCGGUGGUGGACCUGAGCUACAACCGGUUCUGGGGGCCUCUGUCGCCGCUCCUGGCGGGCGUCGGGCAGCUGUACCUGAACAACAACCGGUUCACCGGCGACGUGCCGUCGCGGCUGGUGCAGGAGCUGGUGGGCACCGGCGGGCUGCAGCUGCUGUACCUGCAGCACAACUUCCUGACCGGCAUCGAGAUAUCGCCGUCGUCGUCGCUCCCCUCCGGCGUCUCGCUCUGCCUGAUGUACAACUGCAUGGUGCCGCCGGUGUACGCGCCGUGCCCGAUCAAGGCCGGCACGCAGAACACCCGGCCGGCCGACCAGUGCCCGGAAUGGAGGGGCUGA